UUUGACAGAUACGUAUGUCAUAAGAAAAUAAUAUUUUUUGUCAUUUUGUUAUGCGUUUUUUUUGUUGUAUUUUGAGAUUUCUUAAAACUCGCGCUUUUUUGUUUCCUUUUUUUUUGAAUAGAAUAUACGAUGUCCCUGAAAACUGAAAAUCCCCAAGAGAAGAAGAUCAAUAUCGAUUUCAGCAAUACGAGAAAACAAAGUUUUUUGCCCAGCCAGUGGAAUGAGGAUAGGCAAGACAAUACCAAAAAUAUCAAAGUAAUAGAACUACAAGAUGACGAUGACGACACGUUUUUAUAUAUAGAGCCCCCAACAGCCCAUAUAACCAAACCUCUAGAAACUUUUUGUACGAAUAGCAAAUAUCUGGGACAGUGGAACAGACUAGGAAUAGCUGGCAAAGGAGUGUACCGGUAUCCUCAUGGAACGAUCUACGACGGGUACUUCAACAGGAAUGGCGAAUUCCAUGGGAGCGGAAUUUUGAUUUAUCCCAGCGGACAGAGAAUCGAAGGAAUAUGGAAGAAUGGCAGACUUCAGUCAGAUUGUUCUUUCAUAACCGAAGGUGGCGUGGUUAUGAACACGGAAUACUGCAAGAUGCCCGACCGGAGGUUCCAACUGGAGCUGGAGGACGACCUAAGGCCCGCCGGUCAAGAGUACCUGACCAAGGACAAGAGAGCCCGCCAGAUUCCGGACGGGUGCUAUGACGUAGGCGAGGGCAUAUACGACCCUUAUAUUAAAACAGUGGUACGAUAUCCAGCGACGGCGAGGAAGAGUAGUACGGUAUCGGACGCACUACUUCCGGAAUUGGAUAAGAUAUUCGAAGGUGAUCUUAAGAGGCAGUCGUUCUUCGCUGAGAUACGCAGUUCGUUACCUAAAAGUAACGAAUUACUGGCGCAAUUGCUGAAAACUAAAAAGAAGUACGAAGCGAAAACGGUACUGUGGAUUCCCAAUUCCGCCCAGGAGGAAUGGAUAACGAAAAAUUGCCGAGCCGCCAAGGAACUGCCCACCAAAUACAAUCCUGACCUGUACGAGCAUUGGACGAAAGGUACUUCGUCCCUGGACGACAUUCCUCUUGAAGACGUCGGUUCGGAAUCGGAGAUUGAAACUGAAAUAUUUGAUGAUACUGUGACUGGCACAGAAUCAGAUACAAAAAUGACUUCGUUUAUAAUUUACUGUCCGGACUACACGGAAGAGAUUAAGGAGAAGAUUGCUGACAUUUUAGAAAGCUCGACAACCUUAAUGGCGUCAUACUAAUACUAAGCUGGAAAAUCAACUCGUACUCUUAGCACUCAUUGUACCGCGUAUAAAAUAAACUUUCU